AUGGAAUUAGAUGCUGUCGGAAAUGCUACUGCUGCAGACCACUUUUUUGGAAAGCAUUUCCAAAAAGCAUUUAAAUCGGGAAAAACUGAAUUUAAAUGCUACUGCUACGGAUGCUCUAAAGAACAUCCUCUCCUUCAAAUCCCAGAUCAAAUAUUGCCAGAAAACACGACUAUCAUACUCCCUCGACUUUCUACAUUUCUAAAUGAAAGAAUCACACCAAUCCGCAAUAGACUGCCUACAAUUCCAGUCAACAAGGCUACUCUUUCAAGAAAUUCUCAAGAAAUUAUUCCUGUCUUGAGAUAA